CAAAGCACCACUUGAAAGCGUUCAACUCAGGAGUCUGUUGGCUUACAUUAGCGAGCCAAAAAAAAGUAUGAUUUUGCAGCCUUUGAUUGUUUUGUUUGUAUUCUUUUCCUAAAGGUACACAUCAGUGUUUUCAAAAAAUCUAGCAGACCACAGGUGACAAGAUGCACGGUGUGCUGUUUACGCUACCAUUGCCCCCUUUGCCCCCCUGCAAUGUAUAAACCCCGCUGUAAGUCACAGGUUUUGAAGCACUUUGCGGUGCAUGUAAAAAAUGCUGUUGAAUACGAAGAUUUCUACAUCACAAAAUGCCACCAGGACUGCAGGAAUGGAAGCAGCGGCCACUUCCACUGCCCUUUCUGCAAACGGACUAUAGUGAGGCGGCAGGAUUCAGAGAGGCAUAUUCAAACCUGUAGGCGUCCGCUGAGGGGCCUCCGGCAAAGAGACCCAAAAACCCACAGAAUGUGCCUCGGUUUAAGGAGGAACAAGUUCAAGGUCUGGUCAAGGGACCACGACAAAGCCAGACCAGAAACAGAAGGCUGUCACUCCGGAAAGACAGGAAGGUACACCCCUACCUGCUGGCCGCAGGAAGCCAUCUGGCCAUGACAACCCUGCCUGCAGAGUGGGGGGAGGGAAGCCAGCAACUGUGCUUUGUCCACAUUGUGAAGUGCCAAUGAUGAAAAAAAAUAUAAGAAAACAUAUAUAUAGGAGACACCUUGACAAGGCCGUGGAAGACAUCACUGCACAUUCCCAUCUGGAUGCUGUUUGCAUAGAUGAAGAGAAUGGUAUCUAUGCAGUGAGGAAGUCUUUUCUUGAACCAUUUGUGCCUCUCCAUGUGCAAAAGAAAACCUGGGGGAAAGAGCACAAAGUUAAAUGCGAUUCCAACGAGUGCAUACAGGCCUGUGCCUUUGCGGUAAGGGUGGGCAUGAGGACAUUUCAGUGUCAUCAUGUCCGCUCUCUGGACUACUGUAAAGAAAAUGCCGUCCAGACUGUACUGCAAGAAGAAAAAAUAAACGAGAUGGUGAAAAAGAUGUGGUUUGGAGAAGAAGAGAAACAGCAGUGUCUCCAGCUCCAGUCACAGGCAGCUACUGCCAAUGUGCCGGUGUCUGUCGAUGUCAGCAUGAAGUCAGAGCACAAACUGUUUGUAUCAGUCUAUGAGCCAUCUGUAAGCUACUGCGUCCGGCUAGGACGAGUCAUCGUCACUUAUGACAAAAGAACGAACACUUGGCACUGCCCGUGUACAAAGCCAAGCUCUUCAUGCAUUCACAAAUAUAUGGCCAAAUGGCAUUUAUUCGAGACACAUGUGCAUCUCUUCAGAAAGGAACCGAGCACGGAGAUGAAGUCAGACAUAAGUGAACAAGAACCAUCAGCUGAAAAUAUGGGCAUCGCAUAUCCUCCUGAAGAUGACCAACUGCAGAGAAUGGUCUCAUACAUUCACUCUUCGAAAAGGUACCCAGCUGUUUUACCUGAUGAUGUCCUUUCUGUCCAACAAGAAGGAUACCCAGUGCAGCUUUUCCCCCUGGAAACGUUGUGCUCUACAUGUCCAGAAGACACCGUUCUUGGCCCACCGAUUCUCAUCACGAGUCAAGCGCAGAUUGUGUCUUUGACUGGUGUUCAGAAAGGUGUCAACACUUACUGCAAACAAUGUAGCAAAUGUGGGAUGCUGUACAGAUACCAGGAGUAUCACGAUGGUUUGCAUAACUUCGAUGACAGUGUCAUUUUGACCUUAAAUCUUUGCAUCUUCCUACGGAACUCGCUGCAGGCUCACACAGCUGUCGGUCAAGUUUUUGAUGCCCUAGAAGAAACUUUUAAGACCCCGUUGCCAAGCAGGGAUCGGCUUCUUCAUGCGUAUUUGCAUUUUGAAGCUCUCACGGCACAUGAAUAUAAAUAUUAUUGUGUGAACUGUGGAUACUUCCCAUCUGUAGUGGUGAUGGAUCGCCACGAAAAGGGGGUGUUCAGCAUGCCGUUCGGUGAUAUAGAGCCGGUCCCGGGGGAUUUCACAGGGGACGUGAACAGUGAAGAUUUCUGGGAUUGUGUUUCCGCGGAGAUGAUUGCCUGGGGACUCACGUCGAGUGACAGCAACAAUCCGUUUACAGUCCAUCCCAGCUAUCAUUUUUGGGCUCCUUGGAUUGGGCAAGGCACACGAAGGUCCGACAUAGUGCUUAACACAGAGUUUUUAAAAGCUCUGGCGGAGCAGACGACAUCAACGUAA